AAAAUCAAUGGAAAAAAUACCCUCGGGUGAGGGUUAACAACAAAAUGUGAGGCCGGGUCCCAGCGAGCUGGGAAGGAGGUAGCAGAGAAGGAAGUUACCUGACCAUGGAUCAGAACCGGGGAGGCCAGGCGGAACUGCAAGAGGGUAAGACGUGUGAAGCGACUGCGUUGGACAGACAGUAAGAAAACACACAUUACAACAGAAACAAGAUAUACCUUAGAUUUGGCAUCUUACCCAGGAGCUGCCUGAAAUUCCUGGGCUUAUGGUUUCUCUCACCUUUUCCGGGGCCCCAAAGUGAGCUCCUUACUCCGGACGGAACCGAGAUCUUAAGCCGGGCGCCCCCAACCUACUUGGUCCAGGGGGUCUUCUCGGUGCCCACUCCCUCCUUGACCCGGGCCCAAAUUUUGUUUUUGGUAUCACAGCCCUCUCCUCCCCCGCCUCCCCCGGCCCGCCGCACUUAGCAGCCGAGAAUCAAACCACUUUGGGGACCGGACAGACUCCGAAGCUGUACUUGUACAAUCCGCCAUCUUUGUUCGGGGCACCGUGACUUCCGGUCGGGGAGGAAGAGACCCUAACCUGGUUUCCGGGAGAUGCUGGAAUACAGUUAGUUAGAGAAGAGGUUUGCGUUGGAUUCUUCCAAUCAGCAUCCCAUCUCGCCCUCUGGCGGUUUCGGGUGGCAGCCAGAUUUAGUGGGACGCCAGUCAUUCUCCAAGACGGGCACUGACCGUUUUCACCAAGGGACUGGGGUGGGUUCCAAAUGGGGGAGGAGGGGACGGAGGGCACGGUACAUCUGCUGUGCCUCGCGGCCUCCAGCGGAGUCCCCCUGUUCUGCAGAAGCAGCCGCGGCGGUGCUCCCGCCCGCCAGCAGCUCCCGUUCUCUGUCAUCGGCUCCCUCAAUGGAGUCCACAUGUUUGGGCAGAAUCUCGAGGUGCAGCUGAGCUCUGCGAGGACCGAGGACACCACCGUGGUGUGGAAAAGCUUCCAUGACAGCAUCACCCUCAUUGUUCUGUCAUCUGAGGAGGGCGCCUCGGAGCUGAGACUAGAGAGGCUGCUCCAGAUGGUGUUUGGGGCCAUGGUUCUUCUUGUGGGACUUGAAGAACUGACCAACAUCAGCAAUGUAGAAAGACUGAAGAAGGAGUUGAGGGCCUGUUACCGCCUCAUUGACAGCUUCCUGGGGGACUCGGAGCUCAUUGGAGACCUGACCCAGUGUGUGGACUGUGUGGUUCCUCCAGAGGGAUCCCUCUUUCAGGAAGCCCUCUCUGGGUUCGCAGAGGCUGCGGGCACAGCCUUCGCCAGCCUCCUCGUGUCGGGCCGGGUGGUGACAGCGACAGAAAGCUGGUGGCGGCUGGGGACGCCGGAGGCCGUGCUACUCCCCUGGCUGGUGGGAUCCCUGCCGCCGCAGGCCGCACGGGACUACCCGGUGUACCUGCCGCACGGGAGUCCCACGCUCGGGGCCUGCCUGCCGCUGGGACCCCGAGCUCUGCCCGCUGGCUUCCCCCUGCACACCGACAUCCUCGGGCUGCUGCUCCUCCAUUUGGAACUGAAGCGCUGCCUCUUCACCGUGGAGCCUUCAGGGGAUAAAGAUCCUUCCCCUGAGCAGCGUCGGUGCCUCCUCCGUUCCUUCUACACCCUCGUCACCACCAUGCACUUUCCACCAGAGCCCGGACAGCAGGAGGAGAAGGUGGAGGACACAGCCCAGCGGGCUCAGGUGCCCAGAGCCUGCUACCUGGUCUCGGGGACCGAGGAGCCAGGCACAGGAUGGCGUCUGGUGGCCCUACAGUUGGGGCCCCGGCGGCUGCUGCUGCUGCUGUCGGCUCAGAGCCCCUGCCAUGGGCUGCGGAGCCUGGCCGCCCGCACCCUGCAGGCCCUCACCCCACUCUUCUGACCGCUGGGCGUGAGCGGCAGACAGGAACCGGGCUGUUAGCGUCUCUGUUUAUUGGGUCACAAUAAUACACAGCCCCUGGACGGGGACGGGGCAGGAGGGGCCACAACAGGGUGGGGGGGAGGGGAGGAGGCGCCUGCUUCCCUGGCCCCUCUCCCCUCUGUGCUUGGGGGGGGAAUGGAGGGAGGGGGCUCCCCCAACCCCCCAGAAUGUAAACAGCAGCAGAUGAACAAAAAUAAAAAUACAAAAGGCCGGAGGAAAGUCCCAGGCACCCCCCUA